UAAUCAUUUUCAUAUGAUUCAUUUACAUGUGAUUCAUUUUCAUGUGAUUCAUUUACAUGUGAUUCAUUUUCAUGUGAUUCAUUUACCUUUUCUCUUCUCUCCUCCCUGCCCUUUCCCAAAUAUUUCAUUGAGACGAAGAAAAAAAACCCCCCAAAAAACAAACAAAAAAACAAAACACGUUUUGAUGUUUCAAAUAUUUAAAAACCUUAGAUCUCUUGACAGGAUUACCUCUGACGUUCCAACAAAUAAAUCUUAAAGGCGUGCCUGUCCCAGCCAGAGUGGGACCCCCCCAUGAAUUCCUCCUUUUAACAUGCUGAUAGUAAAGCAGCUUGUACAUGUCUUUUGGGUAUCAACGUGUUUGCACAUGUUUUUACAUGCCAUUUUAGUCUCAACGGACAAACAGUUUAUUCAAUGUCUGAGAAGGAAGUCGUUCAUUGACUAUAAAUCUGAUAUGGCUGAUAGCAUCUAUGCGUUCUUUAGAUUAUACAUGCAUUAUGAGCGAGUUUCUAAAUUGAAACCUGUACAGCUAAGUUCGUGCCAGAAGUGCUGAUAUCAUCACAUCAUUACAUCACAAAGAUAUUUAAUACUAGCAUAUGGCAUCUGCAUGUACACAGUGAGGCUUUUACAACACUGUAAAACUGGAUAGUUCAUUUAACUCAAACAUUUGAGGAAACUAAUGACCUCAAAAUUUUUAAGGUAAUUAAAUUUCUUUAAGCCAAAUACACUUAAAUAUAACAAAAAUUUAACUCAAACUUUGUCAUUUAAAAUUAAUUUUUGUUAUAUUGAAGUGUAUUUGGCUUAAAGAAAUUGAUUUAUCAACUUAAACAUUUUGAGGUAAUUAGUUUCCUCAAAUGUUUUGAGUUAAAUGAACUUAUCCGGUUUUACAGUGCAAUAUGUAAGUGGAAAAACCUAAUAUAGGUAAGAUAUAGCGGCUCUCGAGAUGCUGUAAUUGGCUACCACUAGCACGGCAUCGUCUUGGAAUAUCUUAACAAUAUAAAUUCUUUUUUCUUAAAUAUCGAGUACUACUCCAGGAAUGUCAUCCCUGUAGUGCUGGAGUAUAACCAUGGCCUUAAACAGGAUAAAAAUGAAUUCUAUAGCAGGAGGCUUUAAUCGUGUCCUCAGUUCAACCAAGCAGGAGUCAUACUAAUUCCACUUUUUAAAGCAAUUGAAUCAAUUUUAAUGUAAAGUUGACUGGAGACUCUGAUCACACACAUAACCCUGCUCUAUGUCAUCAUAUUCAUCGUGUACCAGAAUUUCUAUCAAGUAUAGUUGUCUAUAUAGAACCAUUGCUCUGCAUUGUACUUUGCAUUGUGUUCUUGGAGUCUUUUUACUUCCUCUUGUUUUGCAAAUUACCCGUAAUAACAUGGUGAACCCACAGGAUAAAAUAUUGAGGCCAUGAGAUAAAUAUAUUGAUGUUAUGAGAUAAUAUAUUGAGACCUAUAAGAUAAUAUAUAAUAAUAUUUAAGCCACAAGUCGGUAUCUUGAGGCCACAAAUGAAUAUAUUGUGGCCAUGAGUUAACAUUGAGGCUAUGAGAUAAUAUUUAGAGGCAAAAAAGAAAAAAAAAAGUAGUGGUCAUGAAAUUCUAUAACUUGAGCCUCCAAUGAAGUAUUUUGCAGGAACAUGUGAAAAAGUCUAUUUGCUUUGAGAAUUUGCUUAAGCUGGUGUGGGCUAAUGUUACAUCCUUGUCACAAGGGCAGUGACUCCAGCAUCUAUUUAUGCAUCGUUCCAAGAAAAUAAAGUAUAAGAUUAUUAAUCAUCUCCAUGUGUGCUAUCCUGUGAACACAUCAGUCUAAUUCAUUAGGUUUUUCUGUCUCAGGCAUUUUACUAUGAAUGUGAAUGAGACAUAUCAUAUGAAGCAGGCUACUGCACCAUUUAAAGGAGUCUGCCUUUAAAAUCUGUUAACAUUCGACUAUAAUCCAUAUUUAUACUGUUAAUCCGUCCCAGGGUUUAGAUUGACUUGUACAGUUCCUAUUUGUGGUAUGUUGUAAAUUUACAAAAUGUUUUUUGGAUUCGCAUGUUUCUGUUUGGUUGAAAAUAACUCUUCUGGCAACAUGACAAAGCCCCACCUUACGAAAGCUUCCCUUUUAAGCACGGCGUCUUGUUAGAAUACACAGUCUGCUUUCACAAUCUUUCUUGGGCUGACGAGAGACGCUCAUGACAUUCCUCAACAUGACAACUGAAAAGAAUUCUGAUUAUGGCAACCUAACAAAUAAUAGUUUCUCAGUCUGCAACAACAACAUAAUGGACUUCAGCCGAGUCUUCCUACCUACCCUUUACAGCAUCGUCUUCAUCUUGGGGUUAAUUGGCAAUGGCCUGGUGCUAUGUGUCCUGGUCAAGUACCACAAAAGUUCCAACAUGUCAGAUCUGUGUCUCUUCAACCUGGCUAUUUCAGACCUCCUCUUCCUGAUCUCAUUGCCUUUUUGGGCUCACUACGCUGCCAUCUCUGAGUGGACCUUCGGGGACUUCAUGUGUCAUGCAGUGACAGCGCUCUACAUGCUGGGAUUCUAUGGAAGUAUCUUCUUCAUGAUCCUCAUGACCAUUGACCGCUACACUGUCAUUAUCCACACUUACACCUCCCUCUUCUCCAAGCACCGGUCUGUCAGAUCUGGCAUAGCCCUGGCUUUGUUUAUAUGGGCACUUAGCUUGGGAGCUUCUCUGCCAAACAUCAUUUUCUCUCAAGUGAAGAAUGAAUCACAUGGAUGGACAUGCAAAGAGGAAUAUCCGGAAGGAUCAGCGUGGAAGCCAUUCUCUUACAUUGAGCUGAACAUCCUCGGCUUGAUCAUUCCUCUCUCGGUGAUGGUGUUCUGCUACUCGCGCAUCAUCCCCAUCUUAAUGACGAUGAAAUCUCAGAAGAAACACAAAGCUGUCAAGCUCAUGCUGGUCUUAGUCAUUGUUUUCUUCCUAUUCUGGACGCCCUACAACAUCGUCAUCUUCCUGAUGUUCCUGCAUCACUUGGGCUACAUGAGCACCUGUCAGUGGUAUCAGGACCUGAGCAUGGCUAUGCAGUGGGUGGAAACCAUAGCGUUCAGUCACUGCUGCCUCAACCCCAUAAUCUACGCCUUUGUGGGGCAGAAAUUCAGAAAUUUAUUUCUAAAGAUCCUGAAAGAAUGGUUUCCUCUUUGCUUUGGGCAUUGCAUAACAACUGAGUUCUCAGAGAGGAGGACCAUUAGGUUCUUACACACCUCAGUGAUUUCCAGCUCAAAGUCAAAUUCAAUAUUAUGGAAAAUAACUGUUCUGGCAACAAGACAAAAGCCCCACCUUAUGAAAUCACAGCUCAGCCUUUUGAUAUGUAACAACCUUCACAGCUUGUUUCACAGUUACUCUCGGAAGACUGCAACAUGGCUGCGAUGUACAGCAAUGUGACAAGUAGGUAGAACUUUUAGUCCUUCAGUUCCGUUAUUGUUUCUCCAAUCAGUAAAGCAUGUCUAAACUCUCUCGUGCCUGUACAAACUGUCACUGGGUUCUUUGUCUCUCUGAAAAGGUAGUUUAUAUAUUUUUUAUUUAGUCUUUAUACCUUACUGACUGUAUACAUUGUUUGACAUUUGUAUCCUUCUAUGCUGUUUCGAGUAGAUUAUUAAUCAAUGCAUGAACAAUUAUCCAUGAACUUGUACAAACACCUUGUAAUUUGUGUCUGUGAAACUCAGAAUUAAAUGAAUGUGCAGCGAUUUGUACAAAUAAAGACACAUUUGUGAAUACAAACGUC